AUGAGGCACCCGGGAAGCCUGGGCUCUGUGGCCCUCCUGCUGGGGCUGGAGCUGGCCCUAUGUCGGGGCCAGCUGAAUACACAGUACUGCGGGGCCCAGAACCAACCGGAGAAGCUUCAGUUUACCAGGCUGGGCAGAGGGCGCUGGCUGGAUCCUGAGGGCCGACCACCUGGGUCCCUGGCUCCCCUCUACCGGAUGGUGCGGGGCUUCCUGGAUGUGGUGCAGCUCAACCCCUUUCCAGAAGGGUUGGUUCGAGUGGCACUGAAUGAACCUUCUUCCGUUCGGACCUCAGAAGUGGUCCGCUAUGAGGCGGGUUAUGUGGUGUGCGCCGUGAUUGCCCUCCUCUUCCUCCUUAUCGUGCCCACGGUCGGGUUCUGCUUCUGCUGUUGCCGUUUCCGCCGGCGCUGCGGAGGUCGGGUCAAGGCUGAGCACAAGUCAAUAGCCUGUGAGAGGGGCAGCCUCAUGACCUUUCUGCUGCUCAUCACUCUUCUUCUCCUGACUGGUGUGGUCUGUGCUUUCAUUACCAACCAAAGGACCCAUGACGAGGUGGGACCGGGUGUCCGGGCAGUGCCUUCGGUGCUGCACUCUCUACAAGGUCUGGUCUCGGACAUUCCCCAGGUACCUUCUGUGAAUGAUGUCCUCCAGAAGUUGCAGGGUGUCCCAGAGGCCAAUUUUUCUGUCAUGGUGCAGAAGGAUAACAGCACAUUCAAUACUCUCCCAGUUCUAACAGCUAUGGAGACAAUAGACAUAAUUCAAGACUUGAAGGAGAACAUUGCCAAGAUCCCAGAGGAAGUGAAGACCCUGUCCGAGGGCUUCCCAAGCUCUGGGGCAGCUGACCGAUGGAGGCAGGCUCUUGCUAAGGCAGAGAACAAUAGCAGACCUUACUUACAUGCCAUCCAGAAAUAUGAGAGAUACAGAUGGAUUGCAGGUUAUGUGCUGUCCUCAGUGAUCCUCUUGGUGGUCAUCUGUAACCUUCUGGGCCUCAGUCUGGGCCUCUUGGGGAUAUCUGCCCGAGAAGACUCCAGCCACACAGAAGUCAAGGGAGAAGCCGGGGCUCAAUUUCUCAUGGCAGGUGUGGGCUUAAGCUUCCUUUUCUCUGGACCCUUCAUCCUCCUUAUCUUUGCCACUUUCCUCGUGGGGGGAAACAUCCAGACAUUGGUGUGCCGAAGCUGGGAGAGCCAGGAGCUGUACCAGUUCGCUGACACCCCAGGGAACCUACCCCCAUCCAUGAACCUGUCCCACCUCCUGGGUCUCAAGAAGGACAUCAGCAUCCCUUCUGCCUAUCGGCAGUGUAAGGAGGGUGUCCCUCUCUGGGAAGUCCUACAGCUUAAUGGCUCCUAUGACCCAGAAAAGCAUCUGGACAUCAGUAAGUAUAUAGUCCAACUACAGAAAGAAAUGAGGAACUUUGAGAUGGAUAUACAGAAUCUGGACCUGCUGAAUGAAGCUGCUAAGCGAGAUCUGGAGGCCUUCGGUAACAGUGGGAUAGAGAAGAUCGACUACCCCAGCUUUCUUGCCCAGGUCCAGAAGCCAUUGGUGAAAGUUGACAUCUUGAAGCUGGUCAAGGAGUUGGAGAAGUUGGGUCAAGCCCAGAGUGUGUCUGACCUGAGGGAGCAGCUGAAGCAGGAGGCUCAGGCUCUACAGGUCCAUUACCAGGAGAGGAUCAUCCCCCAGCAGGCUCACCUGGUGAUGCUGAACCAAAGCGUCCAUUUCCUGUCAACAUCUUCCUCACGCCUCCAGCUUCUGGCUUUAGAAACUCUGGUCAGUGCGAACUCUCUGAAAGUUGACUUGCCUGCCCAGGUUGAAUGGAUCUUCAGGAACGAAAGCGAGUGCUUCCUGAAUCGAGAAACAGCAUACUUCACCCAAUACGUGGACUGGGCGACACGGAUGGUCACUGAACACAUUGCUACCUGCCAACCUCUGUCUGCGGCACUGGACAAUGGCCGGGUGAUCCUGUGUGACCAUAUCGCUAAUCCCUGGAACGCCUUCUGGUUCUGCCUGGCCUGGUGCACAUUCUUGCUUAUUCCCAGCAUCAUCUUCGCCAUCAAAACCACCAAGCACUUCCGACCCAUCAGGAAACGCUUAAGCUCCACCAGCUCUGAGGAGACCCAGCUUUUUCACAUCCCCAGAGUCACGUCACUGAAACUGUAGGAUCCAGGCUUCUGGGAGAGCCUGGAUUUUUGCCCAGACUACCCUCGCCUGCCCGCUGUCAGAGGGUGAGGUCCAGGCUGCUGAUCUCAGAGGGGA